UGGCGCGAGAGCAGGGGAGGGGCCAUCGAUUCACACCAUACUACUCGCUGUUGCGAUGGACGCCGGACGGACCGCCGGUACUUGUGCCCCAGUUGCCCGUGCUUCUCCCCCCCGUUGAUCCUCUAAACAUCCAAGCCAUUCCCCCUCCCUCAUACUAAAUGCCUCCCUUCUUUUCUUACACCACCCUCCCCUAUCAACUCACAGAAAGUCCCUACCCCAUGCGCAACUUCCACGAGCAUUUGGUGGAGCUGGAGGACGUGGAGCUGCUGCCGCAAGUUGAGGAGGACGUGUGGGAAUUGCACCGUGCGUUGUAUCGAUCGGUGGUGCUGGGCAUGUUCCUGUUUUCCAUGUUGUACGACGACCACAACAUCGUCGAGAACCUGCGGGUGUACUACGUCAUCUCGCGACCCAAGCCGGAGAAGGAGGGCAUGGUGGCAUUAUACCCGUUCGGGGAGAUGGGGACGAGCAGGUCGGGACUACUGGAGCUCAUUCAUAUUGAGUUGCUGUCUAUUGCACAAGUGAUCGCCAGCGAAGAAGAGGAUCUCCAACUCCGCCUGCGAACAGCAUCGGCUCCGCGACGAUCUUACCACGCGGCAGUGAUACCGGACUAUAUCGCGCGGGAAGGGGAAAAGGUGGUGAGCAUUGCCGAUAGGAGGUCGCUGCGGCCUCCCUCAUCCUACCCCAAGCCAGUAGCCCCGAGGGCCCUCAGGAAGACGCCCAAGAAGAGACGUCGCCAGCCAUCGCCAGAAGCACAAGGAAGCCGAGUGGGACUCGGAGAAGAGGUGAACCAGGUCGGGCGGGUGCGGAAGCCAGAUCCCGUUCCGGAGAGCAAGGCGACACCAAUCGAGGGACCUCCGUCGGGGGAAGGGGCGGAAACAAACCGAUUUCGGAUACGUGGGAACCCUCCGGAGCCGACAUCAUAGCCACCGCUCCUUCCCGGCCUCAAUCUUGAUGGAGCCAGCCCAUCAG